GGUGGUAAGGAUAUGAGCAUUUGUUCAGUCAGGGCAGCUGUCUGCCUACACUGCUUAACACUUCACACUGGUGAGCUAAAACCUAAACAAGUGUGGUUACUUUGUGUGACUUUGCCAACAGGAACCACGUGAAAAGCCUGUGAAAUCCUGCCCAGGUUCUAAACGGUAUACGCAGGUGUCUGUAUCUGGACGGCAAGUUUGUUAGCUAACAGUGUGAUGACUGAAAUGAACGGCUACCUGAACGGUGUCUACAACGACUUGCUCAAUGAUGAAGACUGUUUCCUCUUCACUUCAGAAUCGGUCGGAGAAGGACACCCCGAUAAGAUUUGUGAUCAAAUCAGUGAUGCUGUGUUGGAUGCACACCUCAGCCAAGAUCCUGAUGCCAAAGUAGCAUGUGAGACGGUCGCUAAGACGGGGAUGAUCUUACUGGCUGGGGAGAUCACCUCCAGGGCCAACAUUGACUACCAGAAGGUUGUCAGAGAGACAAUCAUGCACAUAGGCUAUGACGACUCCUCUAAAGGCUUUGACUAUAAGACCUGCAAUGUGCUGGUGGCUUUGGAGCAGCAGUCUCCUGACAUUGCUCAGGGUGUUCACCUGGAUCGAAAAGAAGAGGACGUGGGAGCUGGUGACCAGGGUCUGAUGUUUGGAUAUGCUACUGAUGAGACUGACGAGUGUAUGCCCCUCACCAUUGUCCUGGCCCACAAGCUCAACGCCAAGAUGGCUGAAUUACGAAGAAAUGGAGCACUGCCGUGGCUCCGACCUGAUUCCAAAACUCAGGUGACUGUACAGUACAGGCAGGAUCGAGGUGCUGUGGUGCCUUUGCGUGUCCACACCGUUGUGGUCUCUGUACAGCAUGAUGAAGGUGUAAGUUUGGACGAGAUGCGUCAUUCUCUGAAGGAACGGGUGGUGAAGGCUGUGAUUCCUAGUGGCUACCUCGAUGAUGACACCAUAUACCACCUGCAGCCCAGUGGCCGCUUUGUCAUCGGAGGACCACAGAGCGAUGCUGGUCUGACUGGGCGUAAGAUCAUUGUCGAUACUUACGGGGGGUGGGGGGCACAUGGAGGCGGAGCUUUUUCUGGGAAAGACUACACCAAGGUUGACCGCUCUGCUGCCUAUGCUGCCCGCUGGGUGGCCAAAUCUCUGGUGAAAGCAGGACUCUGCAGGCGUGUGCUGGUCCAGGUAUCCUAUGCCAUUGGAGUUGCCCAUCCUCUCUCUAUCUCAAUCUUCCACUAUGGGACCUCCCCGAAGAGCGAGAAGCAGCUGCUGGACAUUGUGAAGAAGAACUUUGACCUCCGUCCAGGAGUUAUUGUGAGGGACCUUGACUUGAAGAAGCCCAUCUACCAGCGCACGGCCGCUUAUGGUCACUUUGGUCGUGACGUCUUCACAUGGGAGGUGCCCAAAAAGCUGAAAUAUUGAACCCCUCUUUUUUUAUCUCCCAGUGGGCCUUAGGUGUAUUACAGAUAAGCCUAUGUGUCUGUUGGCCUUCCUUCCUUCCUCCUCCUCCUCACCACAUACACAGCCACUUCACUACAACCUCUGCUACUGCAACAUGUCAUUUUCCGUUUCACCUCAGUCUGUUCAUAGUAUUUUGGCUUAGGAAAAACAUUAGCUUUGUUGUCACAGCCCUCAACCUGUCUUUUUUGAUGACACAAAUAGGGCCACACUGUAUGAAAUCUACUAAUGUUCUUAUUUGUACUGUUCCAUCAGGUCAUGUUUUUCUGACGUUUUACAGAGAAGUCAGGAGCUGCUCGUGACCUUGUGGCACCAUGAAAUAACUCCAUUUUUUAAAUUUAGUUUGUUGUUUUAAAUGUUAGGACAUACUUCAGAUUGUGCCGGGUACAAUAUGUCAGUCUUCUUCAGACCAAGAUACAGGCGUAGUGCAGUACUCGCCCUUCCUGAGACUGCCUUUGGGUGUAGCUACAGAGAAACCCACUCAGUCACCUCUGGACAGGGGCUGCCUUUGUCCUGUCGUGCUUGAAAUAAUGUUUAUACUAAUGGCAUUUCACUGUUGUGGGACCCUACAGUUUGACAAGGAACGCGGGACAGCUUAUAAUGUGUGCAACAAAUGUUUGUGUCUACAACCAGUUUUCUAGUCAGUUGUUUAGCGUUCUGACACCUUCAGUCGCACCUGCACAUAAUGUAAGAAAGGGAAUGCAAGAACAUGAAGAGCAGCGCCACAGACAGACCAAGACAAAGCGAUAGGAGGCUGCACACAGUCAUCUCAGUGAGUGUAAAGCAUGGUAUGAAUGCACUGGCUUUCUUUGCAGAGUUUGGUGCAAAUGAACUUGUGGGGUCACAUGUGUUGCUUGAUGCUUGUGAGUUUUGAAUCUUCCAGACCUUGAAAUUACACAAAACACAAAAGGCUUCUGUUUUCAGUGUUGCAUGUUCAGUAGUUCUCAAAUGAAUGUUGAGCUUGCAUAUAAGUUAAGUUUUCUCUUAAGUAAUUCAUUUAUUUAUGGGAUAGGGCUGGCAUGAGUAAAAAAAUUCUGACUUGAGACUUGAAGCAACUUGAGCUUGCCAGGGUUCCCAUGUCGUUCUUUUGAAGACAGUUUAGUGGAGUUUACUUGCAGGAAAUACAGUAUGUUAGGAAAGAUGUGUGCCAGAUUUGAGCCCAAUAUGUGAAUAAGCAGAAUGUGCUUCCUACAGUUUCCCUCUUUCACUUGACACCUAGAUGUCUUUGAACUCAAUAUAGUGGCAGAAUUAAGGCCGAACAAUUCAUUAUUCAACUUUAAAAUCACCAGCUUGUCCUUGACCUGUACUGAAUGCACAGUUUGUGUAGCUUAAAAUGUCUUCAUGUCGCUAGGUGGCACUGUUUCACCAGAAAUAAUACUGAAAUUAACAUUUUUGCUGACUGUUAUCUCUUCAUUAAUUUGGCUUCUUCGACAGCACCUUGUGGUUCCUUGAGUUUACUACAGAAACCUCUGAUACGAGCCACAGUGUGGUGCUGAUGAGAGUAUUUUACAACACUCCUGUCAUCUAGUGAAAUGACAGAUCUCCCAAAGAAUUUUUUUUUUUUUUUUUAAACAAUGGGCUUGCCUCCUCUAGCUCAAUCACAGAUGAGACAAAUGAUUGGUUGGUGUUGUACAGAGAAACCGGCCUGUUUACGUGGUCUCCUGUGGGGAGUUUGAGAAGCAGUUAUUUUCUUUAUGUAUUUUUAAAUAGAUGGGAGUAAGUCUGUGAGAGUGGUUAUUCAACAUGUAAAAGUGCCUUUACAAAUUUUUGGCAGUGCCCCGUCUCUUACCCCCAAAUAUGUGACUCUUCAGUAAUUCAGCAGUCUGAUUUAUUGAGUUUCUCUUUUAAAUAAAUUGCAGUCUUGCUGUG